ACCAACAUGAAAAGUUUAUUUUUCUGCGUGUGCCUGUGUUUGUUAUUACAGACAAUAGCACGUCGUUUUAGAGGCCGUUGUCCGGUCUAUUCUUGGGUCGAUUGCGACAAUUCAGUAGAAGACAUGUGUGACAGUAAUUUCGACUGUUAUAGAGGUCAGAUUUGCUGUACUGUUGGCUGUGUCAGACAAUGUGUGUACUCCGAGGACACAACUGUAAAACCACCACCAACAACUGUAAAACCACCGGCAACAACGGCAAAACCACCGGCAACAACAGUCAAACCACCGGCAACAACAGUCAAACCACCGGCAACAACACCAGGGGUAUCCAAGACAACACCUAAGGGCGUAAUAUGUCGUAAACAGUCUGACUGUAAAAGAAGGCAAUGCUGCACAAGUACAAAUCCAGAUGCCACAAUAGGGAUUUGUGAGAACAGAAAAUGGAUUGGUUAUUAUUGUCACAACCCAAGAAAAACGGGAUUCCACCACGUGUGGUGUCCUGGACCUGCUGGUAUAAUUCACCCUGACCUCUGUCCAUGUGGGUGUGGAGAUUUCUGUGCCAUGGGUCCUAAUCCAAGACGAGAUGCACAUGGAGGAUAUAUUGGAACCUGUUCGUUUGGCUAAUCGCUGACACACGAGAUGACAACUUUACUAUUUUUUAAUUUUGUAUCCAACAUUGUAAAUAAAAAUGGUUUUUCUAUUA